UCAGGCGUGCCCAGCUAGACUCAAGGGCCCAAUUUCUGUGUGAAGCAUGUGGAAGAUAAAGUGACAGCUUACAAGUCUCACCCUGCCUAUGAAGGGGGGAAACAUUACCCACAGGCUCUUGUGCGUAGUUUAUUAAUACCAAAGAAGUCAGUUUGAGCAGAUGAAAUGUCCAGUCCAGAGGAUGAAGGGGAACGUUCUCAAGAAGGGAGGGUACAUGCACAGUCGAGUCCCUCUUCACCAGUCAUUACCGAAUUUUUGUCCAUAGAGGACAUAGGGGUAAGAUUCCAAUACUGUAUCGCAGCUGUGGAAGACUUGGAAAGAGAAAGAGAGGAGCUCAUACGUGAGUUGGCCUUACUUCGUGAGCCCUCAUUGGAAGCUGUAAAACAAGCACAUGAGGAGGUAGUGCAGGCAUAUGGACAGAAGGCUCAAGUAGAGCUUGAGAGGGACACUUUGAGGGAAGAGAUACGAGGAAUACGCCGUAAAUUGUUCCGAGUGACUAAAGAAUGUGUAGCAUCCCAAUACCAACUAGAAAAUCGACGUCAGGAAUUAGUUCAGAAAACUGCAGAACAAGAAGAGCUAGAGACUGUUGCAGUUCGACUGACAGAGGAACUUUCCCAACUGCGGAAUAUCUUAACUCAACAGAGACAGGAGGAAGAACUGCGACUUAGAGCUCCGCAACGGAGGCGAAUCUCACGUGAACUUCAGGAAAGAAGACGGCUCUCUGCGGAGCUACAAAGCAUAACUGAAGAACAACACAGUACUCUACAAGACCAUUAUGAACCCAAACUUCUUCAACUCCUCGAGCACGUUGAAAGAGGGGCACGGGCCAUAAGGAAGGCACAGGAAGAGUUGCAAAGGCUUAGAGAAGAAAUAAGGCCACUCCAAGCAGAAGCUUGCCAACUGCAGGUUCAGAAAUGCAGUCUACAAGAGCAAAUCCAGCUCCUGAAGAAGAAGAGUGGAGAAGAAGUGCAACUUUACAGGGAACAGCUGCAAGAGCUCGAAGAGAGGAGGAGGGAGAUUAAGGUUUCAGUCCAGCAGCAACAACAUAAGAAUACAGAGAUGGAAGAAUUACGGAAAAGUUUAGCCCAGGAGCUUGCAAUCUACAAAGGUUGUCUUGAACUAUAUGGACAGCUAUUUAAGUCUGUUACCAAGAAAUGACGAUGACCAGUCCAAAUCCGUAACAUUCUUCAUGUGGAUAAAACAGAGCAGCUGUCCUAGGAAGUCAAAGAUGAAUACUUCUGUACAGUGCUUGUGGAAAUGCCCAACACAAGCUUCACAGUAACUUGACUGCGCAGCUCCAAUUUCAAACAAGAAAUGUGGCAAAGGAAAACUUGCUUACCACGAUUCAUGUAGAAUGAAAUGCAGCAAUUUUUAUAAUACAGAUGCUGGGAAUUUUUUUAAACCAUUUCUAGUCGAAUUCUGUGUGAAAUUCCACUCAUACCCAUCAUCUAUACACACACACACACAAAUAAAAUAAAAAAUAAAACCAUGUAGAAAACAAUUGAAAUCUAUUUAUUUCAUAUGAGGUGCUCAUCCACUGUAAAAGGAGAUGUGCAACACAGACAGCAAAUCCACACAAAUACAAAAGGAUAUUACAGUGCCCCCGUAAAAAUUAAGCACAACUAAGUAGUGGAUGACAAGUCUAAAGUACAAUACAUACUUCAAACAAAAGAAAAGAAUGCACUGGGGGAAAGGGCUUAAAAAGAGCUCA